UAUGAGCUCAAGCCAGUCAAAUGCAUCGUUAGUAAAAUACGACACGAAGAUCAUUGUUUCAACAUCUGGGAAAGGAAAGAAAGCAGCUAGAGGGGUAUCAACUCCAUCAACAGAUGAUUCGACUUCUAAAAACGAGGAUUAUUUAAACUCUCUUCUACCUCCAAAAGAAACAAUGGAAGAUGGCCAAUUAUGGGUUCAAUACGUCUCUCCCUCUCCUGCUACUAAAAUGGAUGUCAUUAGUCUUCAAGAUGAACUAGAUAAACGAUUAAUGCAAAGGCAAGCAAGAGAAUCUGGAAUAUGACCUAUCAGAGAGGAACUUUACAGUCAGGCAUUUGAUGAACUUAUCAGGCAAAUUACCAUCAACUGAGCUGAGAGAGGCUUCCUACUUGCACGAGUAAAGGAAGAAAUCAAAAUGACUAUCCAAGCCUACCAGACUUUAUUCGAAAGCUCUAUCGCUUUUGGAAUGAGGAAAUCUUUACAAUCAGAGCAACGGACAGCAGAAAUGCACAUAAAAAUAGAAAAGCUUGAGGAAGAAAAUUACAAGCUUGAAAUCGAGAUUGAACACUUAUCUUCAGACAUUCUUGAUCUCUUAGAGAAAGAGAAGGAGGCUAAGGCAAAAGGUGAAGAGAUUCACCACGGUCAAUGUGAAGAGUUUGUAAAUAAAAACAACGAAAUUUUGGGGAUGAUGAAGCAGGUCUUGGAGGAUCUAACUCCUAAAUAAAGCAGAGCUAACUAACCUUAAUUUAAAAAUUACU